CACUAUUUCGUUUUGCGCGCUUAUACUUAUGGGUAAUUCUCUAAUAUGCGUCGUGGUUUAUGACAAGUUUGAAUAGAAAUAAAACAUUUAUGACGUAGUUGAAAUUACUUAGCAAACGUUAUUUAUGACGUAUUGUUAUAAAAAAUACUGAGAAAGUUGGAGCACUGAUAAAAAUCAAUCAGUUUAGGAUAUUAAGCUGGUUUUGCAGAGUGAUUUGGUUUGUCUUGAGAAAGCGCCGAUUUCAUUAGUUAUUGCGCAACUGGGUUUUCAGCAUAACUUGAAAUUCUCCCCCGCACAUUCCGAACAUUUUGAUUCGAAGACAGGUGUAAUUUUAAGUUCUCGUCUUUGCCUCUGAGAAAAAGCACGUUUAAUCAUCGUAUUUAAUUAAACAAAAACAAAGCGUAAAGCUAGAACCGCUUCUUGUGUUUUUAUUGGCUCAUAUGACAUUUUAGAAUUAAAUCAAUUUUAAAGUUACUUCGUCGUCGUUUAUUACGAUUCGUUUGACGUCGGAGAAUAGCGAGUUGACUUCAAAGUUUUUCCGUUUGCUGCUUAGUGAAGUUUCUUAAAAGUAUUUAACAAUGGAUGAUUUUCAAAGAUGUAUAGCUUGCAGCAGACCACUUCAGCUUUCUUCUGCUGCAAAGUUUUGCGAGUGCGGCCAUGUGGUUAAAGACGCUCUUAAAAAAGAAAACACACGAAAGCGUAAAGCCCCUACCCGACCAGAUUCAAUCAGUUCUGAAUGGAUUGGGUGUCAUGUUGGUCGUGUACCCAAAAUCAACAUUAAAAAGAAGCCGACAACUGUAGAUAAAAAAAAUUCUUCCUUGGGGUUAUGCCUAACGAACUCAAAACGCAAAUUUGUGAAAUCACCGUUGACAACAAAAAAUAAUUCUAACGACGAUAAUAAAGAUUCGGAGAAAAAUAAAGAAAAAGCACGAGAAAUUUUAGAUUUAAUUGAUAAAUCUUAUAAAAACAGUUAUUUUUCUCGCUGCAAGAGCUUCAGGAAGUUUCGGACUGUUGACGUUGAUUUUGAGUUUGACUUUUCAUCUUUUGAAACGGAUUCUCCCUAUUACCCUAAAGCUCUUGAGUAUAUAAACGCUAAGAUAAUUCGAAUGAACGGUAUAUGGAAUCAAUUAGGCCAGUUCAGGUGAUGGUGUUAAAAAUUAACUGAAAAGUUUCAAGCACUAA